AUGUCCAACCGGCAGGCCCAUCGAGUAGCGCCAAUGGCGACUCCUUGUGACCGCUGUCACACCACGGCCGCAGAAACGCUGAGAAUGGUGCACCUUGUGGACCAAAAGGUCGACCGCAUUCUCGCCAAUGGAUCUGCAACUACCGAGGCUGCCAUGGAGGCCGCUACAAUGGGCCCCUCCGCAGCUAAUGAGGCCGUCGAUGAUUCGCCGCCAGCGGUUGACCCUACCAGUGGGACGCAAUCGGCUACCGCUUCUGACACUGCAGGUACCAACAUAAAUAGGAGCCGUCGCUCCCGGGUUCCUGUUGCGACUCAGCAUCAGAGUCAGGCUCUCCCGCAAGAACCCGUCGAUGUUGGCACUUCUGAGCAACCAACACGACGAAACGUCAGCAGCUCUCUGUCUAACAAGGAGAGAUCCUACCAAGAUACCACCAAUGCUAGUCGCAAACGCUGCGUCCUGAAGAAUUAACAACGUGCCGACAGGAAACUGAGUUUACGAUCGGACGACGAUUACUUCUUCACCAAAAGUUAGGGCCACGAACCAUCUUCUUUUUGUUCGCUCCUUGACGCUUUGUCUUGGAUUGUUUUGUAUUUACCUUCAUCUCGGUCUCUGCAGUUAUCAGACAGGAUAGACUCUCAAAAGUUUUCAUCGAAAAUAAUAAAGAAAAAAAUAACAGGUACAUUGAAUGGUGGAUAAUGGCAG